AGGUAUAUACCACGAGUAUAAAUAUUAGGGUUGGCCAAAUCGUCUGAUCCGUUCCUGUGAAAGAGAAGACGCACAAAACAAAACAAACACAAUUGAAAACACAGUGGGUGGGGGGUGUCUCAUCUCUAUCUCUCUCUCAUCUAAGAGCCUGAAGUUAGGCCUUUGUCCUCCUGUGGCUACCUUAAGGUUAUGCCGUUUGCCCUACACCAGCUUGGAAAGGUUUUAAUCUCUACUGAAACAUGGAGCAAGUGUGCCUUUUGUCAGAUUGUUUCCAGAGACAGGUUUUUUCAUUCCAGGAAGUGCUCGAUUGGCGUUUUCUCAUCCUUGGAGGUUUCCAUUUUGUUUCCUUCAAUUGCACUUAGUGAGCCUACUGUAUAUGAGCAGUUAAGCAGGCGUAAUGCCAUUUUAACCUGAAACUGGUGUUUGAUAUGUCGCUGUACAUUUACAAGGCUGAAUCUUGCUUGUAAAUGCUGCAUUAUUGUUGGUCUGACCUUAAUUUUAGCAACACUUGUCCUUUAUUCCCAUGGUUCAGUUAGAUUUUACAGUAGAUAUUGGUCAAAGAUUUUGCAACUGAAUUUAAGUAGAGUAAAUGAGAUAGCCAUUUCAAGUGUCUUAUUGUUGGCUACGAGUAUUCUGCUUUUAUCUAUUCCUGGAUCAGUGUCAAGAUGCCCUGCAUUUCUCAACUGUCUUUGCUUCAUUUACCUUGUCAAUGUCUUCACAUCAUUGAUCGGGUGUCUUUUAUAAAUAAGGCUGUGAGGAGUGUCCAUCAGAAGCAUACAUGCCUGCUUAUGCAUGAAGAAUGAAGGUGGAUACAGCUACAACAGCCAGGCUGGUGGUUCAUAUUUUAUAGUUUCUUCUUUAGUUUUCUAGGUAAAGCGUGUUAUUUCUUCUAUGUUUGUGUCUCUUCUUCAUAAAUAAAGCACUACGUGGAGCUGUAAUCGUGAAAAUGGAAAGGUAUAAGAUAAUCAAGGAAGUUGGUAAUGGGACCUUUGGGGUUGUCUGGAGAGCAUUGAACAAACAUAAUGGUGAAGUGGUUGCUAUUAAGAAAAUGAAGAGAAAAUAUUAUUCGUGGGAAGAAUGCAUAAAUUUGAGAGAAGUCAAGUCGCUGCGAAAGAUGAAUCAUCCAAAUAUCGUGAAGCUGAAGGAAGUUAUCAGGGAAAAUGACAUUUUGUACUUUGUUUUUGAAUACAUGGAAUGUAGUCUUUACCAACUUAUGAAAGACAGAGUGAAGCCUUUUUCAGAAACUGAAAUUAGAAACUGGUGCUUCAAUGUUUUUCAAGGCCUCGUAUACAUGCAUCAAAAUGGCUACUUCCAUCGUGAUCUUAAGCCAGAGAACUUGCUUGUUUCAAAGGGUGUGAUAAAAAUAGCUGAUUUUGGUCUUGCUCGUGAGAUUACAUCCCAACCACCAUACACCGAGUAUGUUUCAACACGCUGGUAUCGGGCCCCAGAGGUGCUUCUCCAGUCACCAACAUAUGGUUCUGCUGUUGAUUUGUGGGCAAUGGGUGCAAUCAUGGCUGAAUUAUUUACUCUUCGCCCACUUUUUCCUGGUUCAAGUGAAGCAGAUGAAAUUUACAAAAUCUGCAGUGUGAUAGGCAGCCCAACACAAAGCACAUGGCGUGAGGGACUUGAACUAGCAAGUACAAUCAAUUAUCAGUUUCCAGAGGUUGGUGGUGUAAAUCUUUCUGCAUUAAUACCAUCUGCAAGCAAGGAGGCAGUGAAUUUGAUUUCUGCUCUCUGUUCUUGGGACCCAUGCAAGAGGCCAACAGCUGUAGAGGCCCUUCAGCAUCCUUUCUUCCAGAGCUGUUACUAUAUUCCCCCGUCUCUUCGCCAUAAGCCUGCUUCUACUGCCAGGAUGUCUCCAUCUGUUGGGGUAAAUGGUAAAGGAGGAGGCAUGGAGCAGAAAUAUGGGUAUUCUGGUCAUUUGUCUAGUGUGAAGCCCGCUGUGCAUGUUACUUCUUCUGCAAAAGUACAUGCGUCCUUAAACACAGGGGUGCAUCAUAAAGUGGAAGUGAAUAAUAAUAAUAAUAAUAAUAAUAAUAAUAAUAAUUAUGAGGGACCGGGUGGAGUAAAGAAGGAAAAGACCUACAAGAACAGUGCUAGUGCUGCUGCCAGACAACCAAAAUAUCGACCUCCUCCUGGAAAGUACAAUACUACUACUACAGUAGCAGGUGGAGGGGGAGGUGGUGUUUCUGAGACUGGUGACAAGUUGGGACACAUGACUAUGGUUGGUUCAACCAGAGUGGGUCCCUUUCCUAUUCCUAGACAGCAUCAGCAACAGCAUGCAAAAGGUUGGGUGCGUAAUGGGAGAUCUGACUUGUUUCCUGGGAGGUCUUAUGAUAGAGGUUAUUGCAGUAAGGUGGCUGGAUGAAUAACAACUUCAAACUCAAAUGCUAUUAGUUUGCUUUAUUUUUAAUUUUAAUCUUAAAAUGUGUGUGUGUGUGUGUGUGUGUGUGAAUGUUUUCGUAAUUUUAUAAAUUUGUGUGCUUGUUCUGCUACUUUGAAAUACUAUCUGUCUUGUUUCUAUAAGAAUAUUAUUUGUAUU